AUGGCAAGUGAGCAAGAGUUGGUGAAGUCGGUAGGAUUUCGGAGCAAGAACAGACCAUGGAGGGAAUUGUGGUCCUUCGGCGUGUGGCGCUCUAUUCUAGACGGAGCUGGCGGAGCUUGUAGUCCCGCUUUGUUUCACUACCGCCACCGCGUGCCACUUCCGGAUGGAGUGAGGAUGAAUAAUCUCCUCAGGACAUUAACCGCAAGCCAGCUCAAGUCCUCUCUACCCGAGACCGAUCUCAAGUUACUCUUAAGCGCCGUAAAGGAAAGCCGCCGACAAAGCAGCGAUGUGGCCAAGCUUGGAGAUGCGUUCUAUGAUUCCCUGGAAGGUCUACUCCUCGACCUCCGCACGAUAACACCGGACAACCAUGACGCGGAGGCCUUCCUCAAACCGGUGUCCAAGACAGAUGUGCCAGAUUAUUACGAUGUUAUCGCGAAUCCCAUGGACUUGCAGACUAUGCUCAGGAAGGUCAAGCAGAAGCAAUAUAAAUCCAAGAGAGAGUUCAAGGAUGACUUAGACCUGAUAUGGUCCAAUUGUUUCACCUACAACGCCACCGAAAACCAUCCGUUGCGCAUGUGCGCCAGGCGCCUCAAGGUCAAAGCUGAGAAGCUCCUGAAGAACAUCACUGAUUGGAAGGAACGCGCCGAUCCUGUCAUCCCCGCUGAUAUCUCCAUUCGCUGUGUUACCCCGCUGUUGAAUGGUGUGACUGUCAACGGCCAUGGUCCCCCAUAUACUCCCGCAUUGAUGAAGUCCCCUAGUCCGGUAAAGCAGCCGUCCGUCGUCGUCACGAGUAGAAAAGCCCGCCGAGACUUGCCCUUCCAAGAUUCUCCUGCCAUCGUUCGCACGCCUGCUGGAAUGGCAACGUUCUUGAGUCUGGAUGGGGAUUUUACUCAGGAAGCUGGGAAGCCAGCUAUACCCAACGGUGUCGAAUAUUCGACGGCUGACCUGGCCACACGGUUGGGCGAGUACGCAUUACUGUCUGAUGAUGAAGGCGAAUCUAGUGGAUGCAAAUAUCCGGAAGUUUCGUUAAAGACCAUUGAAGGGGAAGUAGGAACGAAGCGGAAGUUGAACGGCUAUGUUGACAACCGUCCUCGGAAACGCGCCCGGACGCAUACUCCGGUCGAGAAGGAGGUGGUCGAAUUGUGGUGGGACGCCAUGCAGUCCGACGAACUGCUGGGAAAUGGUCUCCCCACUCUCGCGCACGCAUCGUCAGAACCGAUACCCAGUCCUUCACCGCUCAAGCCUAUAACUGACCAACCUCGAGAAGCUACUCGUCGGAAGAAAAAGAGGAAGAAGGACGAGCUAGCUCAAAGCAGCCUCUUGUUCCACAUGAACAACAAUAUUCGAACGUUGAAGCGGGUGCGGACAACUCAUGCCAAGUUCUCUGCUCUAAAGCAGUCCACCGAAGAGGGAAAUUCCCUAGCAGUUCCGCCUGAUCUUGCGGUGGAGGACGUCGAGGAUGUUGUAGAUGAACGGCCCUGGAGGCCAAUGGGUUCUGGCAUCGACAUUGGCGAGGAAAAUGCGGACGAUUGUUUGCAUUGGAUGGGGAGCAAGGUUCUCGAACAUGCCGGCUUCCAAGGGACGUCUAAAGCAGCCUUAGACGUUUUGGCGAGCGUUACAUCGGAAUAUCUCUUGAACGUUGGACGGACCAUUCAUUUUCUAUGCGAUAAGUAUGCAGACAAGAUGACUUCGGAGGAAAUUAUUUUGCAUACCUUAUUUGAGAGCGGGACAACUAGAAUCAACGAACUUGAACGGUAUAUUAACGAUGAUAUCAUUCGGUACGGGGGCAGAUUGGCCGAGUUGGAGAAGAAGCUUGGCAAUGCCUAUCGAGAAGCUACCACAGAGGAGGCUUGGGACGAUGAUGCGUUGUUCCACAAUGCGGAGGAUGAAGCGGAAGAGGGAGAGUUUGUCAUGGGCAAUUUCGCAGAUUCGUUCGGCGAAGACUUCCUUGGUCUCCGCGAGUUAGGUAUCGCUGCCGAGUUCGGUUUGUCAAGUCUUACGAUCCCGAAGAGGUUGCUCAAAGGCAAGGGCAACCAAGGGAACAAAGAGGGACCUUCUGCCGCCAAGCCUUCAGAGCCUCCACCACCUUUCCCACCACCACCACCAUUUGUACCUUUCAACUCUCAGAUGAUUGAUCACCAGAUUGGACUUCUCAAGCCGUACUAUCAGCAGCGUUUCUCUUCUCUAUCUACGGCUAUCGCCCCAUCUCAGUCAGCUCUACCUAGUCAGCCACUUGUUCCCGCCCCGACUGUCCUCCCCUCAGCUAUGCUUGUUCUUCCUGACGACGCCCCCACUCCGUCACACGCGAAGGUAGGACCUCUAGGUCAGAUUCUCAAGGCGGCCCCCUCCGGCGCGUCAAAGAAGAAGCCCAAGGGGAAGGCAUCUGGGGCACCGACGAACCAAGCCUCAGAGGCGGACCUUUCCGAAUCUCUCGCUCCCAGAGUCUCGGCCGCCGACUCGCCGAAGAAGACGAAGAGCUCGGCUUCUACGAGCAAGAAGAAGUCGAAGCCUUCGGAGUCCUUGCCGCCUGUGGUCAUGGCGAGUGCGUGA